UUCAAAGAAAGCAAUUAAAAAAAUGUUUGAGAACACAAACUAAAAACAAUACCGUGUAAAUGCCACCUAAAUUGACAUUUACUGUCGUGUCUUGUUUGACGCGUGUCAUCACACACAAUCGUAAACAGAGCAGUUGUCACUUGCUACAAAAAAGAGAAAAACCCUUGAGAAAAAGAAGAAAUAGAAAGUAGAUCUGGUCAACGAAUCGUUUUUCAAGUUUUUAUUAAUAAAUUUUCAAUUAAAUCAAUUAAAUAUGGCGCCACAACAAAAGGGCAAACAAGGCACAAAAGGAGCCAAACAGAUAGUGGAAGAGAACAAGGGCACCUUAAGUUUUUAUCGUAAUAUGGCCUUAGGAAGUGCAGCCGCCUCUCUGUUAGUUAAUUUUAUAUUCUUUGAAGUAGGCAAGGUGACAGUGAUUAUGAGUAUUUUGGCUUUGUUAACCUUGGGGGCUGCCUAUCAGUUUAUGGCUUUUAUGUCUAAACCUAAAUUUUCCGAAACAGGAGCUUUAGUGGAUUCUGGCAAUGAUUUGAAUAUGGAAGGUGGUAUUGCGGAAAAUGUCAAGGACUUGAUUAUUUUAACCUCGGGCACCAUGUUGUUGGUACUAAUCUCCAAUUACUUUUGGUAUUUGUUAUUAUUGGCACCUCUCAGAGCUUUAUGGAUGCUUUGGGGUAGUGUAAUUAAACCUUGGUUGGAUCAAAAGAAUGAACAAGAGGAACCCGAAAUCAAUGAGAAAAAACAACGUAAAAUGGAGCGUAAAAUGCGUCGCAUGAGAUGAAAACUUUCUGCAUAUUAGUUUUAUUUAAUAAACUAGUUUAGAAAUUAAUUGCUUAAGA